UAGAGGCAAAGAAGAACAGGACACGACUGCCUGGGAAAGUCAUCUCUCCUUAGGAGUUUAGGAAUCCCCAUCGUUGUCUGUGGAAGCUCCUGUGUCACUGGGAACACAGCAAGGCAUCAUUCCCAGGACAUUUUGGGGCAGAAAACCUUCAUUCACCCACAGUCACAUCCCCAUCUUUAACUGUCAGCUGCCCUGAGGCUCAAAAGCCAGGGAUGGAUGGGAAGAAUGCUGGUUCUCCACAACAACAAGUUGUCUUCAAAAAAAGCACCCGUGACAAAGCUCUGACAAUCUACCUGGGAAAGCGGGACUUCAUUGACAACAUUGGGAACGUGGAGCCUGUGGAUGGUGUUGUACUGGUGGAUCCUGCUCUUAUCAAGGGGAAAAAAGUGUACGUGUCCCUCACCUGUGCUUUCCGGUACGGCCGGGAGGACAUCGAUGUGAUGGGCCUCACCUUCCGACGGGACCUGUUCUUCUCCAGGCUCCAAGUGUUCCCUCCUGCUGACAAGCCAGAGCCUCUUACUCACUUGCAGGAAUCUCUGCUAAAGAAGCUGGGGAAAAAUGCUUAUCCCUUUUUCUUUACAUUUCCAGAUUACCUGCCUUGCUCAGUCUGUCUGCAGCCUGCACCUCGUGAUGUUGAUAAGACCUGCGGGGUGGACUUUGAGGUAAAAGCUUUCUCAACAGAGAAUGUGGAAGAGAGAAUUCAUAAGAGGAACUCUGCUCGUCUGCUGAUCCGUAAGGUGCAGUACGCUCCAGAGGAGCCGGGACCCCAACCCUGUGCAGAGACCACCUGGCAGUUCUUCAUGUCCAGCAAGCCCCUCCAGCUGAAAGCUUGCCUCAGCAAAGAGGUGUACUACCAUGGCGAGCCCAUUCCAGUCACUGUCACCAUCAACAACAGCACGGAGAAAACUGUGAAGAAGAUCAAAGUCCAGGUGGAGCAGGUUGCCAAUGUGGUGCUGUACUCCAGUGACUACUAUACCAAAGUGGUGGCUGCUGAGGAAGCACAGGAAAAGGUGCAGCCCAACAGCAGCCUGACCAAGACACUGACACUUUUGCCCUUGCUUGCAAAUAACCGGGAGAUGCGGGAAAUAGCUCUGGAUGGAAAACUAAAGGAUGAGGACACCAACUUGGCUUCUAGUACUAUCAUUAAGGAUGGAAUAGACAAGACAGUGAUGGGGAUCCUGGUUUCCUACAAGGUCAAAGUGAAGCUCACUGUUCCAGGCAUGCUGGGAGACCUCACUUCCAGUGAAGUGGGCACAGAGCUGCCGUUCCGUCUCAUGCACCCCAAACCUGAGGAGAGGAGCCCAGCAGAUUGCUCUGCCCUCUCUGGUUGUCCAUGAGAGCUCUGGAGCCUUCAUUCCUCAGGGAAGAGCAGGUCUAUUGCAGAUUGCUUGGUCCUUCUUCCCUGUGCCCAGAGGAGACAGAAAAGGAGAGGCUUGCCACCUUCCCUUUCCUGUGUUUAUUUACAGCUUCCUUCCCUCGGACCCCUGGGAGUCUGGGAUUUGCAUUUUUAUCUGUGCUGGGUUUUUGACUGGGUUUAGACCCAUGUGGUCCCUGGGGGGUUAUUUUUAGGCAAAGCAGCUCCUGUCACACUGGUAAGUCUGUCCUUUCUGCCUGCUGACAAAAAAUGUGUAGGGAUCUAUUUCUUUUAAAGAUAGACUCAAACUGGGCUGUGUCCCUUCAUGCUUCCAAGACCUUUCCCAGUCAGCAGUUAGCCCAGAAGCUCCUGCUGGGUUUUCCUCAAGGCUGUGGUCUCAGCGUGAGUUCUUUGGUCUGGGGUUUUCCUGCCCAUCUCCUGAUGUUUUACAUUUUGUGGCCUUAUGUCUUAAACCCUUGUCUUUGUUUUGGCUGUUGUUCAACAAAUAGUCGUUUAUCUGCUCCCUGGUUAAACUUGCAUGAAAGGGCUGGUUUCAGGAAACCCAAGAAUGCUUUGUCCCUCUAAUAGUAAAGCAAUACCUUCCCUGCGUUGCUAUUGUGACUUACAGAAAAUAGCGAAUUUUUAAAGCACUUCAACGUCUUGAAAAAUAACAGAAGCUACCUUUUUUUUCCUCUCCCAUAAAGUUAAGAGAGGUUAAGCAAGCUUAUAAUGAAAAUUACUGUAUGCCACAACUUUAACUAUAUGGAAUCAUUUCUGUGGCUGCAUAAUGAAAGCUCACAGAAAACCCUGCAGAGAGUAUGAUGGCAUUUCUGCAGCCGCAUCAAUCCCCCUCCCACCCCAACCCUCAAAACAAUUGCUGGAAUGUUAAUUAAAAAAAGCAAAAGUCUACCCAUUUUCUGGGAAUUUUUCAAUUUUAUGGUAUUAAAUAAGGCACUGGACAGCAAGAGGACUCUGGAGCAGGCCUCUUGCAAGGGUGCCAGUGUGGCAUGUGGGAGGCAGUGCCACAGCCUGAGGGUGAAGCAGUGCAUCUUUGAAUGUAAACUUGAGCCUUCUGAGCUAUAUAAUAAGCAUUACUCUGCUGCCACACCAUGUAUUGAUUCAGUAAUCAUUUAUCUCCCAGAGAAGUAUAUGCCCAAAUGAAACAAAACCUAUUUUCCCCUUCAAUCCAUUUUGCAAAAUUGGUUUCAAAUUACAUUGGUGGGAUCUCGCUCAGCUUCACCCACAUCACUGACACCACUGUUCCCAUAGCAAUGAGUGUACCUCAGAGAGCAGGCUCUUUAACAAAUAAAAAUUGGAGGAAAAAUGAAAUGUGAAUGAUGUGUUGGAAAUUUUAGAAGUUCUAAAAGUUUUACUUUAACUCCAUUGCAAUCAAGCAUACAUACCCUGAGAUUUUCCAGACUUCAUCUUGGCUUCUGGGAGUAGAGGAAACCAUCUGUGUCUGGAUAGAUACCAUCAGGACUGUCUUUGCAUGAUCCAUCCUUUGAGGCAUUCUGAGGCAUUUUGGCUGGAGCAGCCCCAUUUGGCAACACUUUUGAUGCUGACUUUUCCAGCAGUGCUUUUCACCACUCACCCUUGAUUUCAGUGUGUGCUGUGGAUGAGAAUUCUCCAGGUAAUGAGUUCUCCAGUUGCUGAGGCAUCCCAGAUCCCCAGUGACUUCUGAAGAACGAGGUGGGCUUUGCUCCCUGACUGAAACCUAAAGUGACUGCGACUUGCUAAAGAUAAAGUAACUGUGAGAACGAAAAAAUACCUGCAAAUACAGUCUGUUCUGCUUAUUUUAGACUGUGCUGAAACAGCUUCCAGGGAAUCCUGCUAGCAAGCAGCAUUUGUUAGUGUGGUUAGCAAAGAUCCCAUUAAAGAAACACAAAUGCCAAAGGUCUUGGGGCUAUUUUUAGGGAAAGAUGAAAUCAGGAGUGUUGCCUCAAGGGCAUAACCUAUCUAAUGAGAGACCACGAGGCCUUUCUUUACUCUGACCUCUGAUUUUAGUCCCCUCAUGUUUAUUGAACAAGAGCAUGUCUUCUCUUCAGCUGUCCCCUUCAGUCACAGUGACAGAGCACUUAAAGCUGACACCAUGUCAGCUCAGAGUCCAAGUGUGUGCCCAGAUGUCUCCCCCAGCUGUGACCACAAGCAAGCAUAGAUGGGAGAAUCUGUCUUGGUUUCUCAGCCCUUCUGAUGGCUUGGACAAUGUUGCUGGAGCGCUUUUCCAUUUGGGAGAUCAAGUUUUGCUUCAUCAGGUGCAUGUAUGCACAUUUUGAGACUUUCUGGAAUUCUCCUUAUACUGCUGCAAAUCCUACUGCUUGUCACUGCUUUGACUUGUCAGUCUAUACAUCUUUGCAUUAAAUAUUUUGCAAAUGUUUUAGCAUCUGCUGUUCUAACUACCUGGUGUGUCUUUUUUUCCUCCCUUGCUGCAUGUGGCUGACUGCAGGGAAGGAUGGGUAAGUUUCUUUUAGUAUUUCACAUUCUGGCUGCACUUGUUCUUUGACUCUUUUGAAAGCUUCUCAGAACUGUCCAAAAAUCCCCAGCUUAAAAUCCAAAGUGAGCAAGUUACUGUGGCCUGACAAAUGACUGCUCUCAGUUAACCAGCAAGGGCUGACCAUGUGAAAUUUGAUUAAGAGAACAUGUUUUGCCUCACAGUUGAGGGAGGGGUAUGUUUGUGCCUACCUGAUGUUCUGUAGCUCAAAUUCUCAGGAACUUAGUAGAUUUGACCAUGUGCCUCUAUUUUAGUACAGAAGGAAUAAAGAUGAAAGGUUGCACAUUUUAUUCCUGGACAAAGCCCCUUUCAGGCUGCAGGCUGUUCAGAUAGCUGAUAAAUAUGUAGCUGGAGUGGACAUGAUUCAGUACCCAUGAAAACCUCCUCAGUUUGUGUCCUGACUUGCUCAAUCAACUGCUUUUCCUGUUAGCUAGAAUAGCACCAGUGCCUGUGGGGAUG